AUGGAGGUGCAUCGUGCGCCUAGGGGCAUGCUGAGGCCCGUGGUUGCAGGUUGGCUGCAUCGCCUAGCGCAGCAGCAGCAGCCUCUGCAACACAAAAUAACACAGCUGCUGCAGCAGCGAGUCCACACUCAGCACAAGAGGCUGCUGCAGGGCACCAGCAGCAGCAAAGCUGCCUGCUGGGUCUCGUCGGGGCCCCCUACACAUGUGACAGCAGGGCGGCCGAAGCAGACACCACACCGUCUUGCUGUUGCUGCCGCUGUUGCAACCUAUCCACCCGCUGGCGCCCGCGUUCCCUGCCGUGGCUUCAGCUCUUUUGAGGCAGCGCACCUGCUCCCCAACAGCAACAGCAGUAGCACCAACAGCACUUGGUCCACGGCAGCUGCUGCAUUUGUCCCGUCUGCAGCAGGUGCCGCCGCAUCUCCUAUAGCUGCUGCCCAUGCGGCCGCAACAGCAGCCGCAGAUGCCAGGCAUAUGGAAGCGUCUGGUUGGGACCUGAAUUCCCUAUGCAGCUCGGUGGUGAAGGUCUACAGCGACUUUACAGACCCCAACUACGCGUUGCCGUGGCAGAUGCAGCGCCAAGGUAGCAGCACUGGAAGUGGUUUCAUUGUCCAUCCUGCUUCAGGAGGCAAAGAAAGAAUAAUCAUAACCAACGCGCACUGCGUAGCCUGGAACAACAGACUUCACCUCAGGAAGCACGGCUCGCCCAUUAAAUACCCAGCGAGAGUGUUGGCUGUGGCGCACGAGUGUGACCUGGCUGUACUUACGGUUGACAAUGACGAAUUCUGGGCUGACACACAGGGGCUCCUCUUCGGUGAUAUCGACGCUGCGAUAAACCCUGGAAACAGUGGUGGUCCUGCUCUGAAGGAGGGCCGGGUGGUUGGUGUGGCGUUUCAGGGGUGCGAGGCCUCAGCGGCACAAAACGUCGGCUACAUUGUGCCUUGGAAUGUUGUUAACCACCUCUUCACUGACCUGAAGAGGCACGGCAAGUACACUGGCUUUCCGGCGGCCGGCGUGCUCUUCCAGCCACUAGAAAACGAGUGCAUGCAGCAAAAGCUUGGAGUCACCAAACUCAAGAAAGAAGAUCUGCCACCUGGUGAGGCAUUUGCUGCGACUGCCGCGAGCGGCAUUGCUACUCUGGCGGCUGCAGAUGCGAAUCCUUUUGGUGCCGUUACGGCUACCGCUGCUCCUUCCGCUGCAUUUGUUGCUGCAGGUGUGACUGCGGGUGGCAUUCUUGUGACGGCAACAGACGCCGUGCGCUCUCGCAACUUUCUGGAACGCGCAAGGGCGGCAGCAGAUAAGGUUGAAGCGGCAGCAGCAUCAAGCGGCACAGGGAUACCACCAGAGCCAGCAACAGAUGAAGCAGCAGCAGCGAAAGCAGCAAAUGCGGUUGCCGCGCCCUUCGACUCAAGGCCUCUGGCGGACCCGUCUGCUCUUGUGCAGGCUGCAAUAGCAGCAGCAGACGAAGCAACAGCAGCAGCUGCAGCAGCAGGGAAGCCACCGCCCUCAGCAGCAGAACGCAGAGCUCUGCUGCACUCGUCUUUGGAGCAAGCAAUCGGGCUGCAACAAGAAGACGUUGUUAUGGCUGUCGAAGGAGCCGAUGUAGCAGGAGACGGCACUGUUCACUUCAGGGGCAUGGAAAGAGUGAGCGUUUCGCACGUAAUAUCUGAAAAGUUCAUGGGAGAGACCCUUAACCUCACAGUCCUCAGAAAGGGGAAAGUGCAGAACGUUGUGGUGCCCCUGGAGAGAGAGCAAUGCCUUAUUCCAAAACAUCAGUGGGGGAUUCCAGCACGCUAUAUAGUUUAUGGGGGCUUGGUCUUCUGCCCCCUUACUUUGGAAUACUUGAAGGACGAGUUUGGGCCAAAGUUCCACGAGAGGGCCCCCAGCUCGCUGCUACGGCCACUGUCAGAGGUUUUCGCCACUGUCGAAGGAGAGGAGCCCAUUGUACUAACACAGAUACUGGCGUCUGACCUGACCAGUGGUUACAGCGCGCGCAAUUGCCUUCUCUCCUCCGUGGACGGAACGAAAGUUAUUAAUCUGCGGCACUUGGCGCAACUCUUGGGAAUCAGAACAACCCAGCAGCAGCAACCACACAAGCAGGAGCAGCCACGGGAGCACGAGCAGCAGAAGCAGCAGGAACAGCAGCAGCAAAGCGAGUUCGUGACAUUUGUUCUGGAGGAGAAGUUGCAGGUAGUGUUAAACAGAAAAAAGGCCGAAGCGAUGCUGCCUGAAAUCCUGAAGCAGCAUGCCAUACACAGCCAGACUAGUGACAAUUUGUAA